GAAGCGCGGUCACAGGGUGCCGCGAAAGCUCUCCUUGAGGCGAUCACGACAAGGAUAGAAGAGACACGCACGCGGCUCCUCACUCGCCACUCACGACAUUCUCCCGGACAAAUUAAUUCUCCCUAUACCGUUAUGGAGACCCUCGAAUCUAGUCGCGUCUGCCGCCUUUGCGGCAAGCAAUCCGGUAUCUCGAUUAAUAUUUUUGACAAGAAUGAGAACCACGUGAAGAAAAUCAACGCCAUUCUCCCGAUCAUGGUGCACGAAAUGGACCUGUUGCCGAAGCACAUGUGUCAUCGGUGCAGUUACAAGCUAGAGGAGUUUCACAAAUUCUACAUGGACUGUCUGAAGACAGACGCGGGUUUGAAGAAUCAGUUAUCAUGGAUGCGAAAGGAGGACUCGAAGGAGAGUGUCGGUGUGCCGAUGGUGCACAUAGAAAACAUCAAGAUCAAAGUAGAGCCACCGGAUUACGACCUGUACGACGAUAACGAGUACAUAAAUUCGAUGAGUUCGGUAACUUAUCCGGUGAACAGUGUCCGAUCCGAUAAUAUUCCAGAUCCUAUAACGUAUACUUCGUACACACGUUGCGGUUGUUACUGUGAUAAAGCGGACCAAAGUAAUCAAACUGUACCUACGAACUAUGGCAACGAAAUAUCGAGAUGUAGUAGAAUAAACGCCAUGAGGCAGGACAACGACGGUUGCGCUAACGUAUCGCCAGCUGUCCAGCAGGGGAAUUUGUCGACGCAUCGAGCACUCAAGGAACGAUCGAAUAUAGUUAAGCUUGUCAACGAGGUUAAAGAUUCGCGAAGAACUACUUUUUCGAAUUUCAACCCAUCGACGGAUAAAUAUAGUAGCGGGAAGAAAGAAACUUCGAAAGACGCGAUAGUUCGUAAUUUGAGGCCUAGAAAAGGUUCUGUAGAUUACGCGGGAAUUAGGAAAAAGCUUUCCACUUGCUCGUCAUUGAACGAUGAGAAUGGGUCAACGAUCGUGGAGACAAAAUUCGAUGUGUCGCAGAUUAAGAUAGAGAAAUUCGAUUUCGAAGGACGCGUCUUAAGACCGAGAAAAGGGACCAUUGAUUAUAGAGAACCAAUACGGAAAUAUUCUAGAUCCGCGAAUAAGAACCAAAGAUCGCAAAGUGAUCGACAUGGAGCGGAUAAGACGAAAGUUCGGAAUAUCGCAAGCAAAUUAAAAUUACCGUUGAAAAAGAUGUCGAAACAAAUGCGAAACAAAGUAAAGUCGGAUAUAAAGACGGAACAGCUGUCAGAUCUCGAGGAUCUGGUGCUGGACGGAUCGGUAUCGGCCGCUAUGUUAUCCCUAACCGAUGAGAUCGACGCACUGCCUAACAAUUACAAUGUAAACGUACGAAACGAUAGAGUUAAUUGCGAUGCACGAGUGAACCGUGCGCAGCAUACCGAUAAUUUUAGUAUAGCAAAUUGGAACCCAUUGCGAAAUCUAUCCAAGGAUAAAUUCAAGUCGGGGAAAGUCGGUUUGCAUCGGAUCGGAGGGAUAAAUUAUUCGACGAGAUAUUUGAGAAGUCAAGACGUUUGUCUGAGAAAUGGUAAGAUACGAAAACCCGAUAGCACGAAUGUGUCGAUUAAGAAAUUGCGAAGAAGUUUUCGAAAUUUUAUGCACAGAAAUAAAACAUCUGGUAAAGCUUUAAUGAAGGCAAUCGGAGGUAGUGUCACAAGCAAAAUGUCCGCCGCGAUGAAAGUGCUAGAUAUCAAGCACUACUGCGACGAAUGUAACACGAGUUUCGCUAACAAAGAAUUAUUCAAACUGCACGUGUGCUAUGGACAUUGAUCAUUUUACGAAAUCGCCGGUAACGUGACAUCGCGUAAAUUUUUAUUUUUUAAGCCUCGAGCAGUCAGUCGCGUUACUCGUAUUCGUACCAAUACGGCCAUGAUUACAUAGAUUUUGUUGAUAAUUAAUCAUACAUACAUACAUACAUACAAAGUAUAUGCAUACUUUUUUUUUUUUUUAAUCUUCUAGGGAAGAACAUGUACCUAUGAAAUUAUUUUGAGCACACGCUAUCGAUACGUUGAUAUUGUAAUACUAUUUUUACGAGCGAAAAUGUAUACAGUAUAAAUAAUGGUCGAUUGUUGAUAGGGAAAAAGUAAUGUAAGGCAAUGUUGCGAUGUACGCUUAAGAAUUUAUGUAGAUAAAGGAUUCACGGAUCGCCUUCGUAUUUUAAAAUAAGAUGAUAUAUUAUGUGUAUAUAUGUAUAUCUUUUCAUAUAGAAUAUAUCAUAUAUGUAUAUCUUUUCAUA